CAGUCAGUGUGUCAGUGUGUGUGUUUCACACUGAGGGACUGGUGUGUGUGUGCAGAAGAAUCAGUAAUGAUGAAGUGCUUAUAUCUUUUGUAUAUCGUGUUUCACGUCACUGCAGGCUGUGAUCUCUCUGCUCAAACUAAAUAUGUUUACAGUGAACACCCUGGUGGUUCAGUUCUGUUACCCUGCUCCUGCUCUGACCUGCACACCAAACCUCACACAUUCACCUGGAUGGCCUACAUAAGAGGACGUCUGAAUGACGUGUUAAAUGAUGAACACUACCGUGGCAGACUUCAGCUGUUUAAUAACACUUCUCCUGGUAAUCUGUCUCUGCUCAUAUCUGACCUGAGAGAAGAGGAUGAUGUAGACUACAGGUGCAGAACUGAGAAGGGACACAGAGACAUGCGUAUUAAUGUUAAAGGCUGUGAUCUCUCUGGUGAUAAGCAUCAGGUAGUUAUUAAUGGACACCCUGGUGGUUCAGUUCUGUUACCCUGCUCCUGCUCUGACCUGCACAACAAUCCUCAGACAUUCACAUGGACGACUAAAAGAACAGGACACUGGACUGACGUGUUAAAUGAUGAGCUCUAUCGUGACAGACUUCAGCUGUUUAAUCACACUUCUCCUGGUAAUCUGUCUCUGGUCAUAUCUGACCUGAGAGAAGAGGAUCAGAGAGUCUACAGGUGCAGCACUGGAUUAAGGGAAUACAGAGACAUCUGGAUUAAUGUUAAAGGAGGAAGAAGAAAAACUUCAACACGCCCGGGUAAAACAGACAGAAGACCUCCAUCAAAACAGCCUCCAAGUAAAACAACACACUCUCCACCUGCAUCAUCCUCAACUACACUGGAACAAGGUAAACAACAAACUCACAGCAGCCUCCUUCUAGUUGACAUCCUUUUGUAA